AUGUCUGGCCGCGGAAAGCAAGGAGGCAAGGCCCGCGCCAAGGCCAAGUCGCGCUCGUCCCGCGCAGGUCUGCAGUUCCCGGUGGGGCGAGUGCACCGCCUGCUACGCAAAGGCAACUACGCCGAGCGGGUGGGGGCCGGCGCGCCUGUCUACAUGGCGGCAGUCCUCGAGUACCUGACCGCCGAAAUCCUGGAGCUGGCGGGCAACGCGGCCCGAGACAACAAGAAGACGCGCAUCAUCCCUCGUCACCUGCAGCUGGCCAUCCGCAACGACGAGGAACUGAACAAGCUAUUGGGCAAAGUCACCAUCGCCCAGGGUGGCGUUUUGCCCAACAUCCAGGCCGUUCUAUUACCAAAGAAAACUGAAAGCCACAAAGCCAAAAGCAAAUAAAUCCAGACAAAGUGAACCAAAGACCAAAGGCUCUUUUUAGAGCCACCCAAGUUUUCAAAAAAAGAGCUAAUGCGCUGUUUCAUGAUCAGCCCUUCAUUUGACACUUUAGUGGCUCUUAAAAGAGCCUUUGGGGUGAGUGGGGUUGGUGUCAAGCCUCCUAAUUACUUAUUCUUGCCAGGCUUGUGACUCUCCGUUUUCUUGGGCAACAAGACUGCCUGGAUAUUGGGCAAGACGCCGCCCUGGGCAAUUGUGACACCCCCGAGUAACUUGUUGAGCUCUUCAUCA